GCCGCACCCGGCGCGGAGGCCAGAAACGCUGCCGGGAGUUGCCGGCCGCCGCUACCCCAGCCGCUCGUUCUUGUUUUUGGCGGAGGCCGCGUCGCCCUCGCAGCCAUGGCCAAAUGGGGCCAGGGGGACCGGCGCUGGAUCGUGGAGGAGCGAGAGGACGGGACCAACGUGAACAACUGGCACUGGACAGAACGAGAUGCCACUAGCUGGUCCAAGGGGAAGCUCCAAGAGCUCUUGGUGGGCAUUGUUGUGGAGAAUGAGGCUGGCCGCUGUGAGACCAGUGAGCUGAAGCGAGUGGAAGGUGAGGCUUCAUGUAGCAGCCGCAAAGGAAAGCUGAUUUUCUUCUGCGAGUGGAACAUCAAGCUGGGCUGAAAAGGUACAGUUAAAGAAUCUGGUGCAAAACACAAGGGAUUGAAUGAAAUACCCAACUUUUCUGAAGAAAGUGAAGUAGAUGACACUGAGGUGAACGUGAGUAAAAAGAAAGGAGAUGGGGAAAUACUGAAGGAUCUUAUGAAAACUGCAGGCACCGCCAACGUCAGGGAGGCCCUUGGAGAUUACCUGAAGGCACUUAAGACCGAAUUUACCAUGGGAAUGAUUUUACCAACAAAAGCUUCGACAAACCAGGAGUUGAUUGUUAAAAGGAAACUGAGUGAAAAUACCUUGCAGGCCUCCUCUCCAGUGGCAUUGGGUGUAAAGAUUCCCACUGUGGCUCUGCACAUGACAGAACUGUUUGAUACAACAGUGGAACAGCUCUACAGCAUCUUCACUGUGAAAGACAUGGUGCAAAAAUUUUCUAAAUCUCCUGCUGUAUUAGAAGCUGAAAAGGGAGGGAAAUUCCAAAUGUUUAAUGGGACCAUCACUGGUGAAUAUAUAGAACUGUUAAUAAAUAGAAAGAUCGUCAUGAAGUGGAGAUGUAGAAACUGGCCAGAAGAACACUAUGCAACAGUAGCACUGAGUUUUGUACCUACUCUAGAGCAAACGGAAUUACAAUUGGACUGUAAAGGAGUUCCUACCUGUAAAGAGAACAUGAAAUUCUGUUGGCAGAAGCAGCACUUUCAAGAAAUAAAAGGUUUACUGCAACUGAUCACCCUAAAUGGUUGAAGUAGGUUUUAUAGGGUACUUUUUCUAAUGGAAAGUGUCAUGUUUACCUCUUGUGAGUUCUUCCUCAAAAAAAAUCUUUAUUUUAUAUUUGAUGAUAUCCAUGAAGAGAAUUAAAAGCAUUGACUCAGACUCUGCAUUGAGUUCAAAGUAGUUAGCAACUCAGAAUUAAGUAUUCACUUUCUAUAGAUGUUCCUCUGGAAGUAGAUUGAAUCUGUGCGUGCAAAUAGCUGAAGUUUCUCAAGCUAAAGCUUGUGCUAGCAAGCUUACUUUCAGCUGUACUUUAAGUUCAAGAAGAUAAAAAAUAAAUGGCAUGAUAUACUGUUCCUUUUAGUGUUUUUAAGGUGUAUAGCUUAGUCAAGUGGUGGCAUGUUGUAUUCAGAAGCAUGUUGGUGUAUGGGCUGGUUGGCUGUAUUAUUACACCCCUCCCUGCCCUCCUUGGUUGACCCUGUGACAGUUAUGCACUUUGUGGUGAAGACUGAGAAAUCUAUGGGUAAGUUGCGGUUUUCGACUGCCACUAAAUCUAAUGAAACACAGCAGAAAGGGUAAGUGCUUCCCCUACUCAGUUUCUGCAUUACUUUCAUUGGAGAAGACUGAAGCAAAUGAAAAG